AAUGAAACUCUUUGAUUAGACAACAUUUUAAAGUCAGUUACAUUUAACCCUAGUUACUUCAAAAUGCACUAAUCCAUGAAUACCUUUAUUUACUAUGCUGCAGUUUAUUGGUGAAUUUCAAACGAGAAAACAGAUUCGUGGUGGUUUUCAAAUAAUUCAUAUAUUGUUGUUAAAUACUUGGAGAAUAUAUAAAAAAAAAAAUUUGAUUAAGUUUAAUAAUUAUCAAACAUAAUUAAAACGUAAUAAUCGUUAACUUAAAUUGACAAAUGCAUAUUAGAAUUCAUUUUAUUUAUAUGUGCCAUUAUUUCAUAUAACUUAUUUCGUUCACUGAUCCUUACUGUUCCUUAAAAACUGUGUCUUCUAUAAUGUUUCAUAGUAUAAUUCACUUUUUUUAUUUGAUUAACAUCAUAUAAAGAUUAUGAAUUUGUUGUUAUAAAUAUAAAGUUUAUUUGACGUUCAACUAGUAACAAUUAGUAGCAAUUGUGUGCAUUAGUUGAAUUCAAUUCUUCGUUGAUAGACUUCAAUUUUUUAUGAGUUAAAUUUAAUGUUUUAUGUCUUUCUUUUUCUUUAUUACGGAAAAUUACGUAGACGUUUGCACAGUUAAAAACAAUUUUAGUGAAAUGAGUCAGUCAAAGCUAUCAACACCAAACAAAAUUAAAUAUGAUGGUACUCUAAUAAAUAGUAAGAGAAUAUACGAAUCUCCAAUCAAACAAAAUGAAAAUAAAUAUAAACAAACAAUGUAUCAAAAGAAUGCAGGUCGUUUUACAAAUUUACCAAAUCAUAUAACACCACCAUCAGGAUUAACGAAGUUCAUUGCAAGGAAUCCAUUUGAAAAUGAUUUGACAAAUAGAUUGCACAUGUCUGUUAUCAGUCCAACUGUUUUUAAUAAGAUUUCUAAUUCCCAACAAUCACCUGAAUUUGCAUGGAGCGUAGAGGAAUUAGCUCUAAUAAAACCAGCAGAAAUAGAAGAAUUUCCUAUAGAACAAAUACACAAUGUUGAUCCAGACAUUGAACUAAAGGCUCAGGCGGCAAUUGAUAAAUUUUUUAUGACAAAUGAAAUAAUACCAAGCCCAUGGGAAUCUAAAAGAAAAGAAUAUAAAGUAGACAUUAAAAUGGAUACUCCUAAACGGCUUACUGAUAAAUCAAAUAUAAUUAAAGAUUCUUUUAAAACAACCAAAAAAGAUGGUACAUGCCAAACAAUUUUAUCUCUUCCUCCAAAAUUGCCUCAAAAUGUUGAAGAAGCUUUAAAACCUUAUUUUACGUUUAACGAGGAACAAAAUGUAGAUAGUGAUGAUGCAAAUUUAAGUACAAGUUCAUUAAGGAGAAAAUUAUUCUUCAAUCACACUGAGUGUUUUGAAGAUGAAGAGCAAAGUUCUUUGCUAGUUUCACCAAUCAAAAUGAACACUUCUUUAACAUUCUGUAAGAGUCCUCCAGAAAGCGGAAUGUUUAUAUGUGGCACACCAUUAAGGAAACUUUCACGUAAGAUGCAGCGUCAUGGAACACCUAUACAAAAUUCUGAAAAUCUAUCACCUAAUAUAUCUUCUAUACCUGAUAUAAGGAAUACAUCAGUAGAAAAUAUGAAAACUCGCUCCCGUUCAGCAGUAAAAUUAGAUUUUAGUCAAAGCAUAGAGAUGUCUACAGAAAAUAUUAAAGUUUCUGAAAAUAAUGAAGUAUCAGAUAUAGUUUUAUUUUCACAUAACUCAGACAUAAACAAAGAAAAUUUAAAUCCAUCAAAUAAUGGUCAUGAGAACAUGAAAACAGACAUAUCUGUAGAAAUGAAUUCAGUAAUGGAAAAUUCUACAUCUUUAAUCAAAGACAAUGCAAAAAAUGAAAUGAUUAAAGAUAAAGAUAAAUAUCAUAAUAAUAUUAAUGAGAUGAAACAUUUGUCUGAUUUAAGUCAAACUUAUAAAUUGGAGAAUUGCACUUCGCACAAAACUAAUAUAUUUUUGGGAAUGUCUGAGAGACAAAGUGCUUCUAAUAUAGUUCAAGACACUGGAUAUCAAACUUAUUCCAUGAAUAGUACAACAAAUCUAAUGGAAAGUAGUUCAGUUAAACAGAAAUUUUAUUACAAUGAACAGUUUUUAAUAUCUGACGAUGAAAUUCCACUUUCUGAUUGGAAAGAAAAUUUUAAACACUUUGCUUGUUCUACACCGUCAAAAUAUAACCAUGAAAAGGCUGGUUAAAUUUAUCUUCUUUAUGAACGAGGAUUUGUUAAAUUCUUGUAGAAUGAAUAAUAAGAAUAUUUAAUUUCUACUAAUUAUCAUUAUUAAUAUUUUGACUUUUAUAUAUGCAUUUUAUAAUACUAAUAUGGUUUGUUUUUGUAUUUAAAUCUCUAUUAUUUCUUUAUUAAUGCAAUAUGAAUAUUGUAAAUAUUUAAAUAAGUAUGACGUAUAUAUAUUUUUAUUAUUAACUUCUUUAAUAAUUGACGGUUAAUUAGUAAUGAUUGUAUAAAAUAUAUCUAUAAGUGUUUUUUUAUAAAGUAAUAAUUUUGAUAAUUUGAAAUGUACAUUCCAUUACGAAUAUACUUAUUGCUAUCGUUGUGGAAUGAGUAUAUUAUUAAAAAAAAAAGAAAAAAAAAAUGAGAGAGAGAGAGAGAGAGAGAGAGAGAGAAAAAGAAAACUGAAAAUAUGAAAAAAUCUAAUUUUUCAUAUAUUUUUAAAUGUGAUUGCAUUUCAAAUAAAUAUUUUUGUGUAUUAAAAAUAUAUACAAUAGAGUAUAAGACUGAGUUGUAUUGAUACUUUUUAUAAUAUAAAAUGUGUAUAUAUUUUUGUACUAAAUGUAUUUAACUCCAUUAUUUCUUAAAAAAAAUACUUUAUAACGACUACAAUUUGUGACCUUUGCUCUUUUUCUUUCUUUUUGUUCCAAAGGCAUAUUUGUAUUUGCGCAUGCGUUCGUACACGAGGUAUAGUUAUUGCGAACCAUUCAGAGCAUAUGUGACGUAUUGUGACGUCGAUAUUCUUUAUUAUGCAGUAUAUGCAUUUGUGAUUGAUAUUAACGUAAUAAAAUGUGAUAUAUUUAUAUUUUAAAGUGACAAAAGUAUAUAAAAACAAAAAUAAAUUCUUCGAGCAGUAUCUGUAUCGAUAUUAUUUUAAUCCGAGUUCACAUACAGUGAUUCGUGAAUUAUUUGAGUUUGUGAACUUUUAUUAUUUUUUCGUGUCAUGAUUUUAUAUUUUACUUUAAUGUCUUAUAUAAAUUAAUGGUUUUUAAAUAUGUAGACUUUUUAAAAUUAAACUGUUUAUAAAAUAUGAUUAUAAAGUAAUUAUUUUGCACUUCUUGUGUAAAUGCUAUGUGACAUUUUAUUUUAUGUUAACAAAUUUUGUUUUCGCUUUAUUUAAAUAAUUUGUGGAACAUUUGAAAACUACUUUUUGUAAAAUUCAUGAAAUUCAAAG